AUGGCAUCUGAUUUCGCGAUGAUCUGGGCCUAUGUCGGCCUUGAGUUUAUUUGGCGGAUCUGUAACGGCGCCAUUAGACGGCAAGCAGCUGAAAGAGAGGAUCCAGUCGCCCUAUGUGCGACUGUGCAAGGUGGUGCUGUGAAGGGAGACGAUGUCUUUGGUGACGCGAUUCAACUGCCAGGCCGCAUUCCACGGGACCUCUUGCCGUCUCCCCACCAGCUUUAG